AUGCAGCAAGGUUGGCUGUUCGUGGGCGAGCUGUACGACUCGUGCAUGAACUCUAACAGCACGAAUAGUACAAUGGUGACUGACGCGUCGUUGAAAGUCCUGUCGCCAGUGUUAGAGCAGAUCGCUCCGACGAAAGGCAAGAAGAAGCUGUUUCGAGUUGCAGGAGUCUUGCACAAAGCAGGAACAAGCUUUUCAACAGAGCUCGGUGUCGAAGUGAAGGCUCGAAAAGCGCUGUGUGCAUGUUGUAUGCAGCGCAUUGGAUGGGGAUUGCGUGCAACAGCACCGCAAGUUCCACAGUGA